AUUACGUUCAAAAAUGUCUCCACGUACGGAAAAGUUGGAUGAUUGUUACUGUGUGCAAUGGCGUAUUUUCUUUUUAAUAGUGUGCUCCUUUUUGAUAUCUUAUUACCAUAUGUAUACUAAACGCAAACAAUUCAAAAAUAUCACAUCGAAAAUACCAACCGUCAUGGGAUUACCAUUUAUUGGAAUAGCAUAUAAAUUGGUACCUAUCAAAAGAUUUAUGUACAAAAUUAGUUCCUAUUUCGAAGAGUUCAAUACGUCAACAUAUUGUGCGUGGCUUGGUACAUAUCCAGUAAUUAUUACCAUAGACCCAGAUAUAAUCAAAACUGUUACAUCAUCAACGGAGUUUCUUAACAAAGCCGAAAUAUUAUAUACUUCCAUUGAUAACGCUAUACCCAAAGGAAUAGUUACAAGCGAAGUUAAAACGUGGAAGCAUAAUCGCAAAUUAAUUAAUGGCUAUUUCAAUCAUAAGUUGCUGAUGAGUCUAAUUCCACUUUUUAAUCGAGGUGCAAAUACUGGUGUUCAACGUUUGUGUGAACUUUCGAAUGGCGGCGAACAUAAACUAUUUGAUCUCAUUAAACGAGUCACACUGGAAAUAGCAAUAGAAGCGACAAUGGGCAUUGAUAUGAGAAAAGGUGCCAGUGAAUAUUAUGAACUUGUAGAUUCAUUCACCGUUUUGAUGGAGAGAAUGGCCCAAGACGCAGCAUUUUCUACAAUGGGUCUGGGUUUUUUAGCGCGUACACCCAGUUAUUAUAAAUCGCUGCGUUUUAUGCGAAAUUUUAUGGAUAAGUUAAUAAAAGAGCGUACGAACAACAAUAAUACGCCUAAAAUUGAAGAAUGGCAGUAUGAUGAGGAAAAAAUGAGCUCCUUUUUAGACAUUGCACUCAAUUAUUGCGAUAAUGGAAAAUUUGACAAGGAAGAUGUCAUCAUGGAAUCCAUAAGCUUGAUUGGCGCGUCAUUCGAGACUGUUGCCACCGCAAUUUAUUCAGGCUUGGUAAUGUUGUCUAUGCAUCCGGAAGUACAAGAAAAACUUUUUCAAGAAAUCCACUCGAUAUGGCCAGAAAAGGAUAUAUACGUUACUUAUGAUCAUCUGAAAGACUUACCCUACUUAGAUAUGGUGAUAGCGGAAACACUACGACUUAUGCCAUCUAUACCAAUUGUCGGACGUCAAACUAUACAUCAAACAAAAUUAACAUCAGAAAUAAUCUUGCCGCCAAAAAUGCAAGUGAUAGUGCCGAUAUUCAGUUUGCAUCGUUCAAAAAAUUGGUGGGGACCAGAAGCACACCUCUUCAAUCCUGAUAAUUUUCUGCCGGAAAAUAUAGUCAAACGAAAUCCAUAUGUGUAUAUGCCGUUUUCAAAAGGCGCCAGAAAUUGCAUUGGCUGGCGUUAUGCAGAGAUCGCAGUAAGGGUUUUGCUUUUAGUGUUUGUUCGAAAUUUCAAAUUCUCAACCUCAUUCAAAUAUGAAGACCUGCACUUCGUCGAUCACAUAAGUUUGUGGUAUGACGUGGAACCAAAUUUAAGAGUAGAAUUGAGAAAUAUAUAACUCAUUUUCUGAUUUUUCGUGGAAAUAGAAAUGUUAAACAUUUAUAAACCAAAAUUUUAAACGAAUAAGUACUUUUUAAUUUCUAUGAAUUUAUUUAUUUAUGUAUAUACACUUUUUACCCAUUUUAAUACCCUUUUCGAAUAAAAAAUGUUACCGGUAUAUGUAAGAUAACAA